AAGGUACCUUACUUAUAACAGCGACGACGGAGCUCAUAUCGGCAGCUGCAAUGCACCUGCGCGAAUCAGCAAGUGCCAUGCAUUUUACAUCUUGCAUGGCAGCUGCGUUGGCAGCUACGAAGUGAGGCAAACUGAAGUGAAGUUGCAUGUCAUUCUCACUUCGCUGCCUGGUCACCCGGCAGUGGGCCGAGCCUCGUGCAGGUCAGGCCGCCUGUGUACCAAAUCAGCGGGAUAUAAACAUAAACAAGUUUCGAACUUGAAAACAACAACUUCGAAUUUCGAGUUUGUGCGUCACCACUCGACACUCGCCGUCUUUUCAUUCCUUCAGUGCAACUCGAGUAUUCCUUCACUAGCACAUCCAUCCUAUCAUCAAUGGCCUCUUCGCAGGUGCCUCACUACGACACAAUGGUGAUCAUCAAAGACGAACCGCAGGAUGAUGACUUCCUGAUGCCAGAUGCCGCUGCGCUUCCCACCGCGCCAACGCUGCGCGUCCACCAGGGGCUGCAAACCGGACGACACCUCACUGUGUCAGACAACGGUGAGCCAAGUGCUUCGAAAGGCCGACAGGCACAUCCACCUCCACCUCCAUCAUCGAACCGCGCCAAGGCACCAGAUGGAGGACCCCACAAUUCCAUGUGCUUCGAGGAACCAUACCUGAGCCGACCUCAAUUUCAUCGUCUCAUAUGCGGGCACGACAUUGCGACGGUUGCCGUCGAGAGAUGCGGGGCAAAUUGCCAUCCUCCGAGUCGACCCACUGGAUCAGACCAGAAGCCAGACAACAUGAGAUUUGAGUGUCCCGAUCCACAAUGUAAACGAAGAGCAAACGUCCUGCCAUCAUUUGACCAGAAGACCAGGCGGCGAAAAUACGGCAGAGUAUGUGUGCUUGCCCAUGUGCGAGGACGCGACUCCGAGGCAGACAAGGCCUGGGACGAGGAAAAGGGGCGCCAAAAUCAUCACUCUGCCAGAACUAGGGCUGCUCGUUCUUUUGGCCGCAAGACUAGCCGCUCGCCGUCUCCGAAACGCGGACAAAUUUCCGGGCCGCGAGGCGACCGACCAGAGACUCGUUCGAACCUGAUGAGACCUAAUGCCACUGAGCAAGAUCUUGGGAGAGUGAGGCCAGCUGUGGUUUUUAGCGAAUUGGAGAUAGCCCGGAUGGGCCCAACACAGAUGAAGAAGAAGUUAAGCGUGGCAUGCUACGAAAGGAGGGUGAAACAAUCGAGGCCAGUACCAGGCCCGGCCUUCACAGAACCAGAGGGACCUUCGAAGGAUUGGGACGCCGUUCCUGUCGGUGAUCAAGACAACGCUGAAGUUGAAGCGGCAGAGGAAGACCACGCUGAAGAGGAGGAUGAGUUGCACUGCGUGUGCAGAUCUUCCGAUUGCCAGUGGAUGGUCGAAUGCAACAGGUGCGACGAGCCGUUCCACCCUGGCUGCAUCGGCAAGGGCGCACAUGACGCAGCCCAGUACGAACUGCCAAGUCGAGAUUUGUUAUUCGAGUUCGACGCCAAAAACUCAACGUCCGAGUUCUUGUGCCUUUUCUGCGAAGCUCAUGGAAAGGUUGAAGCUGGGAUCCGUGACCAGAGGAGGAAAAUGGCAGAGCACUUCAAGCGCAGUGAACUUUUGCUGCAAUUCCACUCGAAGCUCAUGGCGCGGAAACAAACGGCCCUUGAUCGAGCACAGGGUCAGGAGCAGGAAGACACCGUCACAGCUUUUUUCGCCAGCAUCGAGCAAGAAAUGAACGAAUGUGGCAGUCUUCAGUUGCGGGAUUGGAGAGCGUUGCUCACAAAGGCCUUGGAAGUGCCUCUCGCACCUCCAAGAAUAAGAAAGCGCGGUGCCGCAGAAGUCGAGCCUGAAGAAGCGGGUUCUGCUCUUGCGGUUCCAUCCAGGGACAACGCCGAACCGCCGCGCAAACGACAGGCUUACAUGGAGGGGGAAGAGGUGACUCUGCCUAUAAUCCCCCCAAAGCAGGCGCCGAUUGUUCGUAUGUGA